GUUGAACAUCACAUAGCCGGUCAGGAUUUUCGUGACAGGAACUUUAAAUAGGUCAACGCCGCAUCCGAAUUGAGCAUAACUUCUAUACGAUAAAGUUUUCCAUACGAUCACUGUUCUCGCUGAAUACAAUUAAGCGAUAUUACUGACAGGCAUCGUAUCAUCUCUUUCAUAUAAUUGAGAAACAAAAUGACAUCUACACAAGCCAACACUGUCUACCGUAAGUGGCACUAUGCGAAGCAAGCCGAUUUUGUUUCUAAAAGCAGCACUAAGAGAAGAUCCAAAGAUGCAGAUACAAAUGCGAAGGUAGGAGCGAAGAGAUCCAGGAGUGAGCCUUCAUUACACUCUGUGCGUAAAAUAUCAAUUACGAGACAGCAGAUGAGUCCUAAAAUGACGACCACUCUGCCUCGUGUACAACACGUACGACCUGUUGCACCCAUUGGCCAAGUACAAUCGAGCCUACCUAUCUUACCUACACAGUCAAACUUUCUACCCUUACACACACCCAGAACCCCUUACUAUGAUUUCAAGCGCUGUCAGACUGCGUUUUCCGAUAUAUUACUCAAGGGUCUGGUGCCUGAUAAUCUGAACCAACCAACACAAAUCCUUCCUGAAUUCGAUUUAUUACCGACGAUAUCAACGGAUUCUCCAACUGAAAGAUCAAAUGCUUUUCCUGCGCUGAUACCCGACUCGGAUUUGGCUGUAGCUUCUACGUUGGGAAAUCUGAGACUGCUUGAUUCUGUACCAAAGGCGAGCGGUUUGCUAGAUACACGCAUGUAUUCGCCUGUUUCGACUAGUCUUCCUGAGUCACCCACACAGCACCUAGCACUACUCAAUCCGAACACAGGCACGAAUUAUACCUUAGAGCGAAUGGACACACAAUCUUCCAUGUUAUCCCGGAACUCGACGACUCCUUCUCUCAGUUCUUUUGGGUGGAGCUUCGACGCAUUUGACCUGGAACUGGAACCAAGUAUAGGCCAGAAUCUUCUGUCGCCAGUCGGAGAUUUCUCACAUUUUAACGAGCUCGCUCUUUCUGAUUUGGAGAGAACGUUCUCAUUAGCGUGAUUGACAAUCCGUAAUAAAUUCAUCUCUAAGAUUCUUCAACCGUUAUUGCAGGCGCAAUAAGGUUCGAACAGACAACGAUGUGAGCGCAUCGCAGUCUAGACAUUAACAACUGGAAUAAUGUAGUUGCGACCGGUCCCACAAUAAGCACAGAUUGCCACGAGGGUUCUCAGCACGAUAGAGUAGUUCAAAUUUGAAAGAGCAUAAUACAGUAUUUCAUACAAUACAAAUGAUUUCUACAGUCCAUGGCUCGCGUGCACAUAUUGUCAAUCUCUCCAAGCGUCUAUUAAACACAUCUUGGAGUAGUUAA